GAUAAACGAGCGCACCCUGUGUGCACCCACUGACAGACCGUGGUUGAAUGACAUAAACAAAGAGCCGGCGACUUUUCGGGUAACAGAAAACGCUCCCAAAGCUCAACGAAAACAUGGAAACCGGUCUGAGUCAGGAGAAGGUAGCCAGCUUCAUUAAGCGGCUGCGGGCUGAGCCACGCUACCUGCUGGCCCAGAAUGUAUCCACCUGCAUUGACCCUUUAGAGGUUUGUCUGCACCGGCAGACUGUCCAGGAUACAGUCCAUAUCUUUCAGCACUCAAUUCCCACCGAAGGAAAGCCCAUUACCAACCAGAAAAACUCAGGGAGAUGUUGGAUCUUCUCGUGCCUCAAUGUCAUGCGACUUCCUUUCAUGAAGAAGUUUAACAUAGAAGAGUUUGAGUUUAGUCAGUCUUACCUCUUUUUCUGGGACAAGGUUGAGCGGUGCUACUACUUCCUCAACGCCUGUGUGGAGACGGCACAGAGGAAGGAGCCGGUGGAUGGACGCCUGGUCCAGUUCCUGCUCUCAAAUCCAACCAAUGACGGUGGACAGUGGGACAUGUUGGCAAACCUCAUUGAAAAAUAUGGAGUCAUCCCAAAGAAAUGCUUUCCAGAGUCACACAGCUCGGAGGCCUCACGAAGAAUGAAUGACAUCCUCAACCACAAGUUGAGGGAAUACUGCCUAAGACUGAGGAACAUGGUGGCCAGUGAUGCAACUAAAGCUGAACUGCAUGAUGCUAUGGACACCAUGAUAGAGGAGGUGUUCCGUGUGGCCAGCGUUUGUCUAGGCAGCCCACCUGAGACCAUCUGUUGGGAGUACAGAGACAAGGACAAGAACUUCCAUCGCAUGGGACCCUUAACCCCUCAGGAGUUCUACAGAGAGCAUGUCAAGCCCUUAUACAACAUUCAGGACAAAGUCUGCCUUGUGAAUGACCCCCGACCGCAGAACCCUUAUGGAAAGCUGUACAGUGUUGAAUUUCUAGGUAACAUGGUUGGUGGUCGCAGCACUCUGUAUAACAAUCAGCCCAUCCAGCUUCUUAAAAAGGCUGCGGCUGAUUCCAUCAAGGAGGGAGAGGCAGUGUGGUUUGGUUGUGACGUCGGGAAACAUUUCCAUGGCAAGCUGGGCAUUAAUGACUUGAACGUGUUCAACCAUGAGCUUGUGUUUGGAGUUUCUGUGAAGAACCUUUCUAAGGCAGAGCGACUGAUAUAUGGGGACUCUCUCAUGACCCACGCCAUGAUCCUCACUGCUGUCACAGACAAGGACGGUAAAGAAGGUUAUGAGAAGUGGAGGGUGGAAAACUCCUGGGGAGAUGACCGUGGGAACAAAGGUUACCUGAUCAUGACGGAUGAUUGGUUCUCCGAGUACGUGUACGAGGUGGUUGUAGACAAAAAGUUCCUAACCUCUGACAUCCUUGAUGUGAUGCAACAGGAGCCAGUUGUACUUCCUGCCUGGGACCCGAUGGGCGCGCUGGCCUAACUCCACACAAAUGACGGUAUUAACCCCAACCUCUGGUCUAUUCGACACCACCCUGCUCCACCGCUGCUUUGACUUCGACAAUUAUCCUCCCAUACUUCCUUCCAUACAAGCCUGUUCUUCUAGAUAAAAUAAUAAAGAUUUUGUUUUCUUUUUUACUGGA